AAUCUUGGCCCAGAUCAGCCACAACACCCAGACUCUUCUGCUAGCUGCAUCAGGAACAGCACCAUGAAAGCCAGGCUCUUCCUCGUCUUCUUCCUCAUGGGCCUCCUCACCAUCUGUGCUGAGCUGCCGUCUGCAGCUGGACAACAAGUGCGCCCUGGACGGUGUCCCCGGCCCUCUGGAGGUGGGCACUGCGCAGAACUCUGUAAGGGUGAUGCCUCUUGCUCACCUGGGCAGAAGUGUUGCAGCAACGGCUGUGGCCACCAAUGUGUGACAGCCAUUAAAGGGUAACUUGGACUCCAGAGUGGAUGAGCCCCUCCGUGAGACUCCUCACCUUGAACAGGCACCGCAGCCGACUUCUCUCUGGCUUCCUUGGGAGCAGAAGACUGUACAGUGGCCUGAAACCCUAGGCUCACCCAAUAAAAAUGAUAUGAGUUUCCUAUGAA